AUGGCCCUCCGUCUCGACUGUCUCCUGGGCCAACUGGCCACCAUCCUUGACUCCAAGCCCAACAAAGCCAUCCGUCAAUUCGUUCCAAGCUAUGACCUUAAUGAGCCCCUCUUGCACCUCCUCAAUCCCCUCUCGGCCAACAAGGACGCAGCGGAACUCCUAAUCAGCGAGAAGGCUAGCUUGGUCUUCGAGGCCGAGCCCGAGAUUGUCCAGCUGGGACAGGACCUCCAAGAGAUUGAGCUGCUUGACACGCGGGGCUUCAUCUUCCUGACAAAAGUAACAAUUUAA